AUGUACUAUCUUCCCACUUCUUGUCUGGUAUUUUUCUUCCUCUUUCCCUUAUUUCAUCAUCUUGCUUGUGCUUCAAGUAACACCACCUCUGGUUUCACCUCAUGGGGAGAAAAUCGUAACAAGUCUUGCGAUCACCCAUUGCUGGAGUUUCACUGCAACAAAAACAUCACCUCUUUAUCCAUCUCAAAUCAAGAUUUCAGUGUUAUACAAAUAAAUCAAACAUCUAACACUCUUACACUUGCAAGAACAGAUCAUCUAGGCUCGUUUUGCUCCUCUAACUUCACCAACACAACCUUGCCUCCAGAAACAUUCGAGCUUCCCGCAACCUACAAGAGUGUCACCGUAUUCUACAGUUGCAACAAUUUUCGUCUCCACCUUUCGAGAUUUAGAUGUCCGGUGAUAGGAUUGAUCUCAGUGUCUGAAGACCCUAAUCAGUAUUACGAUUUCUGCCUUGACAGUUUCAUCGUGAACGUUCCUACGAAUUUCGUUACAAAAGAGAAAGAGCUGAAUAUGACCGAUUUGGAAAGAGUUUUAAGAAAUGGGUUUGAGGUGAAAGUGAAGAUCGAUGAGAACGAAAUCUGUGGCUUCAACGAAAUCUUGCCAUUAGGACUUAAUUGCGGUCUACUACAUCCAACAACUGGCCUCUCUGCUGAAGCGAAAACAAGCUCUCACCAGUCUCCUUUUCUUCCAGCAAACCAAACUAGAAUAGUAGAAAACGAACACAAUAAUUUCUUUAUAUCUCGCGGAGCCGCGUUUGCUUCUGGAUUGGUAGUGGUCAUUCUUGCAGCCGGAGGCUUGUUCUGUGUCAUCUUCUGCCUAAGGAAGACAUCCGAUGGUCUAAGACAGAAGAAUCUAAAGGCCCUUAUUCCACUGAAACACUAUAGCUACGCACAAGUAAAGAAAAUCACGAAGUCAUUCGCGGAAGUGGUUGGGAAAGGCGGAUUCGGAACUGUUUAUAGAGGAACCCUUUCUGAUGGUCGUAGUGUUGCCGUGAAGGUCUUGAAAGACUCAAAGGGAAAUGGUGAAGACUUCAUCAAUGAAGUUGCGAGUAUGAGCAAAACUUCUCAUGUGAACAUUGUUUCACUGCUUGGAUUCUGCUCCCAAGGUUCCAAGAGAGCAAUUAUUUAUGAGUUUGUGGAAAAUGGAUCCCUGGAUAAGUUCAUCUCAAGCAAUAACUCAAUGAACAUGGAUUGGAUUGCAAUGUAUGGGAUCGCGCUAGGUGUUUCUCGUGGUCUAGAGUACUUGCACUAUGGCUGCAAAACAAGGAUCGUGCAUUUCGAUAUCAAACCUCAGAAUGUGAUGUUGGAUGGGAAUCUUUGUCCCAAAGUUUCUGACUUUGGCCUCGCUAAGCUCUGCGAGAAGAAAGAGAGCACCAUGUCUCUGCUAGACACGAGAGGGACAGUAGGAAACAUUGCACCAGAGAUGAUAUCCCGAGUAUAUGGAAGCGUGUCUCACAAGUCAGAUGUAUACAGCUACGGAAUGUUAGUCCUCGAAAUGAUAGGAGCACGGAAUAACAUAUCCAAAGAACAGUCCGCAUCUAAUGCAAGCUCAAUGUACUUUCCCGAAUGGAUCUAUAAGGAUCUUGAGAAGCGAGACAAUGGAAGGAAUGGAAUCAGCAGCGAGGAAGAGGAUACAGCAAAGAAAAUGCCAUUGGUGGGUUUGUGGUGUGUUCAGUCUUCUCCAUCAGAUCGUCCAGCGAUGAACAGAGUUGUAGAGAUGAUGGAAGGAAGUGUGGAUGCUCUUGAAGUCCCUCCUAGGCCUGUUUUCCAAAUCCUCCCAGCUCCUCGUCAGGACUCUUCUUUUACGCUUUCUGAGGACAUUUCUGUUCACACAGAAGUAUGUUCCAUGAAUGGCGUAUAA